GGGGGUUGGAGUUGGACCGCGUCUACUCCAUACAGGGGCCUUCUUUUCCACGCGCCAGUCUCCUCCAAACUCCUCGACGUCUCCCUCCUCCUCCUCCUCCCCCUACUCCCCCACAGGGAAGGAAGGAUCGACGCAGCCAAGCAAGAAAAGUUGACAAUUUGUGUUGUUCUAUCCCAUUCUGCUUCCGCUGCAUGCGCUUUGAAAGUAAUCGUUGUGGGUGGGGAUCAAAAUCGUCGCGAAGAACUCCUGUGCGCAGCGGUGAUCUCAAGUGCAUAGGAGGAAGAAGAGGUGGAGAGAAGCCGGGACGCCGCUGACCCUUGCUGACCUCGCACCGGCAUGGUCUUUGCCUCGCCGGGGAAGGAGCGAGGCGGCGGCGGGAAUGGUCGAUAGGACGGCGGCCGUGGUCAUCUGGGUCACCGCCGCCGCGGCCGCGGCGGUGGUCUCGGCGGCGCUCGUCAUCCUGGCCAUCUGCCUCCACCGGAGGCGGGCCAGCGCCAGCGUCGCCGCCCCGACGCGGCGGUCGCUGGAGUCGACCACCGCGACGCUGCGGGGCAACGCCAGCCUCGACUCCAGCGUGUCCCUCUCCAUCGCCUCCGAGAGCGUCGCCGACUGGGACCACCACCCCCACCCGCCGCCGCCGCCGGCGAAGCGCGCCGCCGCCUUCUGGGCCUGGACGGGCGGCGCCCACAACGGCAGGGACCCACCCGUCUCCGUCUCCGGGAUCCCCAAAUACCACUACAAAGAUCUGCAGAAGGCGACCAACAACUUCACCACAAUUCUGGGGCAAGGUUCGUUUGGUCCUGUGUACAAGGCCGUCAUGGCCACCGGCGAAGUGGUUGCUGUAAAGGUGCUCGCGAGCGAUUCAAGUCAAGGGGAAAGGGAGUUCCAGACCGAGGUGGCAUUGCUCAGUAGGCUGCAUCAUAGAAACCUUGUUAAUUUGGUUGGAUAUUGCGUGGAAAAAGGCCAGCGCAUCUUGAUUUACGAGUACAUGAGCAAUGGGAAUUUAGCAAGCCUUCUGUAUGAUGAUAAUAAGCGAAGUUUGAGCUGGCAAGAAAGGCUACAAAUUGCUCACGAUGUAGCUCAUGGCAUUGAGUAUCUACAUGAAGGGGCUGUUCCACCUGUUAUUCACAGAGAUCUGAAGUCUGCUAAUAUACUCUUGGACCAUUCAAUGAGGGCCAAGGUUGCAGACUUCGGUCUAUCAAAGGAGGAAGUAUAUGAUGGAAGGAAGUCAGGCCUCAAGGGUACCUAUGGAUAUAUGGAUCCUGACUACAUGUCCACUAGCAAGUUCACAAAGAAAAGCGAUGUUUAUAGUUUCGGCAUAAUACUUUUCGAACUCAUUACCGCCAUAAAUCCGCAACAAGGUCUAAUGGAGUACAUUGAUCUAGCAGCUAUUGGAGAGGAAGGAAAGGCUGAUUGGGAUGAGAUACUGGACAAGAACCUCAUAGCAGGUAACAUUGCUGAGGAAGUAAGGAUCCUUGCUGAUGUCGCCUACCGAUGUAUUAACAAGAACCCAAGGAAGAGGCCCUGGAUCUCAGAGGUUACUCAGGCCAUAUCAAGGAUAAGGCAGCUCCAGCUGAUGAAACUUGACACACUAAAUCUGCCGAGGAGCGAAACCAGGACAGUUCUAAGGAGAAUCGAGCACCAGCAUGUGGAACUGAGUGAUCUUACCAGCAUGAAAGAACUGACACCUAUAACAGCUUGAAACUCCCCAUCCCUCUCUAGGCUCUACAACAUGACCCGGUGAGCAAAAUGUAAACAGAAAUGAACUUUCACUUAGGUUUGAGGAGCACUUCCUGUGUGAUGAAGCAUCAAUGAAUUUUUUUUCCCCUUUUGAAGGUCAAUUAGAUGCCAAUAUU